AUGGAUACCAUUGUCACAACUAUCAUCUUGUUGAUGCUCAUGUUUGCAAGUACAAGAGCUCAAACACAACCACCAAAGCAGCAUAUAGCACUAGGAACCACACUAUUCCCAAACAGUACUCAUUCUUCUUUUUGGCCUUCCCCUUUAGGUCAAUUUGCAUUUGGUUUUUAUCCGGAAGCACAAGGCACUGGCUUUGUUGUUGCAAUUUGGUUGGUUAGUGGAAAGAGCAAGACAGUGGUGUGGACUGCAAACAGGAAUGAUCCUGCAGUCACCUCAAAUGCAAAGCUACAAUUAACCAUGGACGGGAAACUUGUGCUAAAAUAUGAGCAAGGACAAGCGAAGGUGAUAGCAGUUAAUACUAAUAACGCAAAAGCCUCCUUUGCCUGCAUGCUUGAUUCUGGAAACUUUGUACUAUACGACAAGAACUCCAGCAUCAUAUGGCAGACUUUUGAUUUCCCAACUGAUACAUUGUUAGGGGGUCAAAGUCUAUUCGGUGAAAGUCAACUGGUGUCGAGUUCAUCAGAGAUGAAGCCUUCAAGUGGACGGUUUCGUCUCAAGAUACAUGAUGGAGCUCUUGGACUGUAUCCAGUUAACACAAGUGAUUUACAAUGGGACGCUUAUUGGACCUCCACCUCCACCUCCACGCCCUCAAGUAGUUCUAAAAUUUAUCUUUACCUCAACCAAACAGGGCAAUUGGAGCUCAAAAAUGUCAGUGAUUUUACAGUUGAGUGGCUUUUAAGUCAUUCAUCUUUAUAUGGAAAUGAGGAGCAGAUCAUUUAUCGUGCAACCCUGGAUCCUGAUGGGAUUUUUCGGCUCUAUGUGCAUUUUAACAACGGCACUGUACAAGAAGUUGAAAGAUGGCCGGGAGAUGAGAAAGCAUGUGGAGUAAAGGGUUUUUGUGGUUUCAACAGCUACUGCACAGUUGAUGAUGAACAUCCUGUGUGCAACUGUCUUGAUGGUUUUGAGUUUAUAGAUCCAAAUGAACGUACUCUUGGAUGCAAAAGUACCUUUGAAAGAGAAGAGUGCAGAUGGGAGAAAGAUGGUGCAGCUGCAACCUUAUAUAACAUGACCCUGAUGAAGAAUCUUGUAGGGGAGGAUCGUGUUUAUUUCAUGGCUAAAAUGUCUCAAGAAGACGACUGCACCUCUGCUUGUUUAUUUGAUUGCAACUGUUGGGCUUCAUUGUAUGACUCCCAGGCUAGAAAUUGCAAGAAACUAUGGGUACCUUUGAGAUAUGUCAGAAGAAAACAAAGUAGUGACCCUGAAACCUCGCUAUUCUUAAAGGUGGGACUGGGAAACAAAAAGCUCAGUGGUUAUCCUGGGCCUGAACAACCACCUCAGCCUCUAAUCACGACUACAAGUAACAAAGCAACAGUGCAAAUUAUUGUCAUUACAUCCGUAUUUGCUCUACUCUUAUGUUUAUCCAUUGCAAUCUCCAGCCAUUACAUGUACAAAAUUCGAGUGUUAAGGUACAAGAGGCUGGUGGAGACUGGUAACUUGGGUCUUAAUGAAGAGGUGACUUUGAGAAGGUUUUCAUACAGUGAGCUGAAAAAAGCAACAAACCAUUUCAAACAAGGGUUGGGUAAAGGUUCUUUUGGAGCAGUUUACAAAGGGGCUUUGUCAAAAGGAAAGAGAUCAAUUGCAGUGAAAAGACUAGAGAAGUUGGUGGAAGAAGGAGAAAGGGAGUUUCAAGCAGAAAUGCGAGUCAUUGGAAAAACCCACCACAGGAAUCUUGUUCGGUUGUUGGGGUUUUGUGCUGAAGGUUCUAAAAGGCUUUUGGUUUAUGAAUACAUGACCAAUGGUUCACUUGAAAAGCUUAUCUUCGGUGCUACGAGACGUCUAGACUGGGAUGAGAGGGUAAGAAUAGCAGUGGAUGUUGCAAGAGGGAUCCUCUAUCUCCAUGAAGAGUGUGAGGCACCCAUCAUUCAUUGUGACAUAAAGCCUCAAAACAUUUUGAUGGAUGAGUUGUGGACUGCCAAGAUAUCAGAUUUUGGCCUAGCGAAACUUCUAAUGCCAGAUCAAACCAGAACCUUCACUGGGGUUAGAGGGACAAGAGGGUAUGUGGCUCCAGAAUGGCACAAAAAUACCCCAAUAUCGGUGAAAGCAGAUAUUUAUAGUUAUGGAAUAGAGCUGUUGGAAAUUCUGUGUUGCAGAAGAAACAUUGAAGUUACUGUCUCGGAACCUGAGGAGGUUCUGCUUUCUGGUUGGGCUUAUAAGUGUUUUGUUGCUCGACAGUUAAACAAGCUUGUUCCUUGGGAAGCUGUGGAUAAAAAUGUCUUCGAAAAUAUGGUUAAGGUGGCACUUUGGUGUAUCCAAGACGAACCUUUUCUGCGGCCAUCCAUGAAAAGUGUGGUUUUGAUGUUAGAAGGGAUUACCGAUGUAGCAAUUCCUCCUUGCCCAGAUUCCAAUUCUGUGUGA